AUGACACACAUUCGCUUCAUAUCCACAAGUACCAUCCGAGCAGCGACGACUCCCAACGAGUCAACUCGAAUAAUUGAGUUAACUCUAUGGGAUCUCCAAAUGAUCUUAUUUGAUCCUAUCCAAAAGGGCCUCCUUUUCUUCAAACCUACACCUUCACAAGAAAAAGAACUAAAAGGUGGCAGUGUGAUUGAUCACCUAAAAACCUCUUUGUCCCGCACGUUAGAUAUCUUCAACCCUCUUGCUGGUCGCCUUGUCAUGGUUGGAAACAAUGAUGACAAGACUAUUUCUUUUUUUCUUGACUGCAAUAACCUUGGAGCCCAGUUUGUACAUGCAGUGGUAGAUGAUCUCACUGUGGCAGAUAUCCUUGAUCCCAUAUAUGUUCCAGACAUUGUCAACUCCUUCUUUUUGAUGAAUGGCGUAUUGAACUACCAAGGCAUUUCCAAGCCAUUGUUGGGUGUGCAAGUAACUGAGCUUAUUGAUGGUAUUUUCAUCGGUUGCACUAUAAACCAUUGUGUAGUGGAUGGCAGUUCAUUCUGGCAUUUCUUUAACACGUGGUCGGAAAUAUCAAGAGGUAAUAUAAUUAAUCCCACAUCACAAUUGUUUUCUCCAAUUUUCCGACGUUGUUUUUUCAAUGGUAUUGUCAAUUUCCCCAUUCAUAUUCCUGUCCAUCCCAAUGAAAUCUCUGAUGAGAGGUCCUUUCCUACACUACUCAAACAAAAAGUAUUUCAUUUUUCCAAGGAGAAAAUCGCACAACUCAAAGCAAAAGCCAAUGCUGAAAUGGGCACCACCACCAUCUCGUCCCUUCAAGCAGUACUGGGUCAUCUUUGGCGAGCUGUGGUUCGCAGCCGUCGUUACAGCGAUAAUCAAGAGGUUCAUCACCGCGUACUUGUGGGAGUGAGGCAAAGAAUACAACCACCAUUGCCAGCUGAAUAUGUAGGAAAUGCGGUUUUAUUUGGGAACGUAACAACUACAGUGGGCAAUCUUCUUGAACACGGCCUAGGCUGGGUGGCUUGGCAAAUAAAUAAGAUGAUUGCUUCUCAAACAGCAGAAGAAGUGAAGAAGUAUAUAGAGGAUUGGGUAAAAGCCCCAAAGAUAUCAACACUUGGAGGUGUAACAAGUAAUGCAUUGAUCACUGGAAGCUCGCCGCGAUUCAAUGUUUACGGUAAUAACUUUGGUUGGGGAAGACCCAUCACCGUGCGGAGUGGUCUUGGAAGCAAGUCAGAUGGGAAUUUAAUAGUGUUUCCUGGCGCAGAAGAAGGAAGCAUAGAUUUUGAAGCUUGCCUUUCGUUUGAGACGUUGCAGACUAUGGCAGAUGAUGAAGAGUUCAUGGAGGCUUUAGCCUCAUAA